AUGCCCACCGCUGACCAGCUUGUGCACGAACAGCUGGAAAGGGGACAGGGUGCGAACCGCUACGAGUCACAGACUUAUACGGCUGGGCCACCGGAACCUGUUGCGUACCUGACGAUGGGGAUGGAGUUUGCCAAGGCUUCCUCGACAUUUCUUGACGCCAUUGGCUCCGUGAGCGUACUGGGCAGAAAGCUGAGUGACCUUAUCGUUCAUGACGAGGUUGAACGGAUCUUCCACCUUCAGAACCAACUUUCUGGAGAGCAGAAACGGAGAGAGCCAAACUAUCUACCGCCCAUACUCGGACACAGCGGCCAGGCAAUUCAGGGGGUGGGCUUCAGCACGACCGAGGUGACGCGAUUUCCGAUGAUCAUUCAGGAGCAGCUGACGUUUAUCGGACCCGACGGAUAUGCAAGGCCGCAUACGCUCCGCCUAGGUCUCGGAAAGGAAGGAUCCUUCUUCUUCGUGAUCAUGCUGCUGAAUAAACAACAUCGAAAUUCGUAUCCGCAGACGUUGAAUCUUGCAGCGACGUCGUAUCACGCGCCUCCGAGUCCUCGAACAGCGCUUGCGCGCGCCCCUAGCUCUGCACACUUCAAUCCGGUUCGAAACCGGCUCGGCGAGAGUUUUUCGCAGGGGCGGUCGCCUUUGAGCCUGCAGGACCAGAGGAACCGGCCGACAGGUAAUGCGGGUAUGGGCGGCCAGACGCAUGCGGCAGCUACCGCGUAUGGCCCAUCGACCGACCGGAAUGCAUAUCAAGGGCCAUCUCCGGGCCAGCCAUUUCGGGAUGUUGGCCGAAGCGAAACAUCAUGCUCGGUGGGCCAAAUGCUAUCCCAAAACUAUCAGCUACCUCCCAUUCGACGGCACUCGGAAAAUGAGGCCUUUCAAGGCCAGCAAGGGCGGCCACGGGAUGACCGGUAUUGUCGAGUCGAUAUCAGAGGGUUGAUUGAUAAACCUGAAGAGUCCGAUGAGCCUCGAUAA